AUGCUUCGCCGGGGUCUAAACACAUAUAAAACCAACAACAACAAUACUAUCUCCAAAAUCGAAACCUAUUUCGAUACAUUCCUUAAAUCAUGCAAAAAUAUAACCAUACUAAAACAAAUACAUUCCAUUCUCACCACAAAUGGCCUUAUAAAACAAAGUGUUCAUUUAGGUGCAAAAAUCAUCAUCAAAUACUCUGAUUUUUCCCAUAUAAAAGAAGCCCGGUUGGUCUUUAACCAAACCCAUCACGCAUCAAGUUCUUUCUUAUGGAACACGAUGCUUCGCGCUUACGCGAAUAACGGCUUCUGUAAAGAAGCAUUGUUGUUUUAUCGUCUAAUGCGUAAAAAUGGUCUAAAAGCAAAUAACUUUACAUACCCUUUUGUGUUAAAGUCAUGUGGGAGUGAUUACAUGUUUUGUGAGUUUGGAAAGUUGGUUCAUUGUGAAGUGAUACGAAACGGGUUUGGUUCGGAUGUUUACGUUGAAGCUGCACUGGUUGAUAUGUAUUCGGGUUGUGGGCUGUUAGAAGACGGGCGUAAGGUGUUUGAUAAAAUGAGGUAUAAAGACGUUGUUUGUUGGACUGCGAUGAUCACGGCUUAUGAACAAGCUGAAAAGGGGGAGAUCGCGUUGUAUUUGCUUCACGAAAUGCAAGAAGAGGGUUUGGUUUUGGAUUGGGUUACUAUUGUGACUGUGGCUUCUGCUGUUGGGCAGUUGGGAGAUGUGAAACGGGCUCGGGCUGUCCAUGGGUUUGCUAUUCGUAAUGAGGUUUUAAAAGAGGUUCCUGUUGUUAACUCGGUUAUUGGUAUGUAUGGGAAAUGUGGGGAAGUUGAGUAUGCGGAAAUGGUGUUUGAGUACAAGAAGGAAAGGAAUUGUAUCACUUGGAAUUCUAUGCUUACUUGUUAUACGCAAAACGGGCUAGCUAGUGAAGCUUUGUGUCUUUUUGAGAAAAUGAAGGUAUCUGAUGUUGUUCCUAAUGAAGUUACAGUGUUAGUGAUUGUUUCGGCUUGUGCUUAUCUUGGUUCGCGACAAAAUGCAACUAAAAUCCAUGAUUUUAUCGUACAACACGAUAUGGAGAUUAACCUAACAUUGUGGAAUGCAAUAAUUGACAUGUAUGCAAAAUGUGCAGAUUUGGACACUGCUUUAAAAAUGUUUCAAGAAGUAUCGAGGGACCGACUUCAUGUUAGUUCGUGGAACACCUUAAUUGCGGGUUAUGGCAUUCAUGGGUUUGGGAAAGAAGCGGUUAGACUCUUCAAGGAGAUGAAAAAUGAGAAUAUUAGUCCAAAUCACAUCACUUUCACUUCUAUUCUUUCGGCUUGUAGUCACGCAGGGCUUGUUGAUGAAGGAAAGGAAUGUUUUGCAGAAAUGGAAAAAUUUGAAGUGACCCCAGAGCCGAAACAUUAUGCUUGUAUGGUGGAUAUGCUUGGCCGAGCUGGACAAUUGAAUGAAGCAUAUGAACUGAUCAAAAGUAUGUCAUCAAAGCCAAAUGAUGAAGUUUGGGGAGCUCUGCUUUUGGCUUGUAAAAUGUAUGGGAAUACAAAUUUAGCAAAAAUUGCUGCUGAUAAUCUCUUUCACCUUGAACCACAACAUAGCGGGUAUUAUGUAUUGAUGUCCAAUAUCUAUGCGGAUUCACAAAACUGGCAAGAAGUCGGAAAACUAAGACAAGAUAUGAAAGAUAGAGGAUUAAGAAAGCCUGCAGCACUUAGUUUGAUCGAGUUUAAUCAAGAGUUACAUGGUUUUCACACCGGGGAGCAGUUAGAUUCAUUCACGAGAGACGUGUAUAAAAAGGUUGAGCAGAUGGUCAUAGAAUUAAAGAUGGCAGGUUAUGUUCCUGAUUUUUCUUGUGUAUUUCAUGAUGUAGAAGAUGAAGAUAAGUAUGGUAUGCUAAAUUAUCAUGGUGAGAAGCUAGCUUUGGCUUUUGGUCUUAAGAAUAUUGAUACAGAAUUGUCUAUCCGCAUAACCAAGAACCUUAGAGUUUGUAGCGAUUGUCACUCGGCUUUUAAACUGGUUUCUCGUGUAUAUGGGAGGAGGAUUAUACUGAGAGAUGUGAAUCGAUUUCAUCACUUUGAAGAUGGUUUGUGUUCGUGUAAUGAUUACUGGUAGUCCACAGACGGUGUGCUGCUGGUGCUUGCUUUCUCUCGGGUCGACCACAGGUGCAAGUUCAUUAGUUACUGAAUUAAGUCAAAAUGUAUUCCCAAUCUGACCUAAUUGACACUCUCAUUAUUUGUUGUAUGAGUAAUAUACAAUGGAAGUGCGAAUGAACAUCAUUGUAAGGUACAGUCAAAUGGCCUAAAAUAUAU